UACUCUAUAGCCCUAAUAUUUUAAUUUAUCGUCUAAUUUUAAAACAGUUUGAAAAGAAAUCGCAGGAAAACGUUAUUCUAAUUUAUACUUGAAUCUUAUUUUUAUAUUUUUUACAUAGGGUACAAGCGUAGCCGGUAAAACCGGGGCUUGAAAACGAUAAAUUUAACAAAAUAUUCAUUUACAUGAGAAGUAGCGUUUUUUUGCAGAGUUGGACGGACAAAAAUAUUUUUGAAAAUAAUUUCUUUACUUAUAAAUAUCAAACGAAUAUAAUCAUAAAUAAAUAAAUAUAUUAUGCGAAUCAGUGUGUUUAUUCAUCGGUUCUGAAUAAUUUUCCGUCAUUUCAAGCCUCGCUUCGAUCGGCGCUCGCACGUAUUUCAUAGGCGAAAAAUAAUCUACGACAGUCGUUUGUGUCGUUGCAAGUGAGAACAUAAAUGAAUAGAAAAAGAGGAAAUCUUUUCUUACAAGUUCGAUGAGUCGGAAAAUUGGUUCGAGCAACGUUUCAAUGACACAGAUUUUAGGGUGUGAAUGUGGAUCGAACGAAUGGUGAAUCAAGGAUGAAAAAAAGAAAAUAUCAUACUAAUGUAAACAUAUUUUGUUUCCAAUCAUAGUGACGGUCUGCACAUUUGGAUAUCAUCUGCUUUCCCCAGGGAUACUGUUGUCGAAGGUUUUAAACGACAUCCAUUAAUUUUUUCUUUUCUUUGUGUAAUUCUCAUACCGAUCGGAGCCGGAAACAAAAUCAUUUUGAGGCUUUUCUCUCAUUUUCUUUUCGCUCUUCAGCAUUCUGCACUUUCAUUGUUUCCUCAUAUGAAUUCUAUCGCUUUGUGAGAUUAUUUCUUAAUUUUUCAAGCUCAAGUACAAUAUUCCGGAGGAAUAAACGUUCCCGUUCGGUGACGUUGGGAAUACGAGGCUCUGAUUUCGGAAUGACAACUCGCAAAUAGAAGGAAAAAAAACAAGAAAAUAGUAUGAGUGGUUCUGAAUGCAAAUAUUAUUAAUAACGAGAAUGAGUUGAUUUUUAGAUGGCUAAAGUAUUUAUUCGAUGUGGAAGAGAACUUGAGAGCGGGACAGUGCUCCCUGUGCCACCGAGUCUUCACGUGGCAAAACUCCGGACAUCGGUUCGAGAUCGUAUUCGGAAAUUAUGCGUGAGCAAUUGCUCAAAGGCGAGGAAACUGAAUUGAAAAAGAAAUUAGCGGAAAAAGCAAAAGACGGUACAUUGAAGGCAACUAAUGGCGAGCCAAAACCUGCACCAAAGAAACGUGGGCGUUGGGAUCAAACGGAGGAUACACCGACUGUGAAAAAAGUAGCUAGCAAUUCAGCGACUCCUACUUCGUGGGAUAACGCUGAUGUUACACCAGCUGCGAUAAGAUGGGACGAGACUCCGGGACAUGGAAAAGGUGGCGAAACGCCAGGAGCGACACCGGGUCAAAGUACACGUAUGUGGGAACCGACACCUGGUCACGCAACUCCUGGUGCAGUAACGCCCGGACGAGAAACCCCAUCGCACGAUAAAAUUGUCUCUAGUCGACGAAAUCGGUGGGACGAGACACCCAAAACUGAAAGAGAAACACCGGGUCAUAAUAGCGGAUGGGCUGAGACACCGCGUACAGACCGAGUGGCCGGUGAUUUGAUUCAGGAGACACCGACACCAUCAGCAAGUAAGCGUCGAAGUCGUUGGGACGAGACCCCAUCGAAUCAGACUCCUGGUUCCAUGACACCUCAGACGCCAGCGACGCCUCUUACAACGCCUCAUCAAACGUCCAUUCUGACACCGAGUGGUGUUACACCGACAGGACCGAAAGCGAUGGGGAUGGCGACUCCGACACCGGGUCAUUUGAUGUCAAUGACGCCAGAACAAUUGCAAGCUUAUCGUUGGGAACGAGAAAUCGACGAACGGAACCGUCCGCUUUCAGAUGAUGAGCUUGACGCACUAUUUCCUCCGGGCUACAAAGUCCUACAACCUCCCGCGGGUUACAUACCCAUUCGUACGCCGGCACGUAAAUUGACAGCAACGCCAACUCCCAUGGCCGGCACGCCUCAAGGAUUUUUUAUUCAACAAGAGGACAAAAGCGCCAAAUUCGUCGAUAAUCAACCCAAGGGUAAUUUGCCAUUCAUGAAACCCGAAGACGCUCAGUACUUCGACAAAUUACUCGUCGACGUUGACGAGGAAUCCCUCAGUCCGGAGGAGCAAAAGGAACGAAAAAUCAUGAAAUUACUAUUGAAAAUAAAGAACGGCACGCCCCCCAUGCGAAAAGCUGCACUUCGACAAAUCACUGAUAAAGCCCGCGAAUUUGGUGCUGGGCCACUUUUUAAUCAAAUAUUGCCACUUCUCAUGUCCCCUACUCUCGAAGAUCAGGAACGACAUCUUCUUGUUAAAGUUAUCGAUAGGAUCCUUUACAAGUUAGACGAUCUCGUUCGCCCCUAUGUCCACAAGAUUCUCGUCGUAAUUGAGCCUCUAUUGAUCGACGAAGAUUACUACGCUCGUGUUGAGGGUCGUGAGAUUAUAUCGAAUCUAGCGAAAGCCGCAGGUUUAGCGACGAUGAUAUCAACUAUGAGACCCGACAUUGAUAAUAUUGAUGAAUACGUAAGAAAUACGACCGCCCGAGCGUUCGCGGUUGUCGCUUCGGCUCUUGGAAUCCCUUCGCUUUUGCCUUUUCUCAAAGCCGUUUGUCGGAGCAAAAAAUCUUGGCAAGCCAGACACACGGGUAUCAAAAUUGUGCAGCAAAUCGCUAUUCUUAUGGGGUGUGCAAUUUUGCCACACUUGAAAAGUUUGGUCGAGAUUAUAGAGCAUGGCUUGGUUGACGAGCAACAGAAAGUUCGAACGAUAACGGCUCUGGCUAUAGCUGCUCUGGCUGAAGCGGCGACACCCUACGGUAUCGAGAGUUUCGAUUCCGUCCUAAAACCUCUAUGGAAAGGUAUAAGAACACAUCGUGGUAAAGGUCUUGCUGCUUUCCUCAAGGCUAUUGGUUAUUUGAUCCCACUCAUGGACGCCGAAUACGCUAAUUAUUAUACCAGAGAAGUAAUGCUCAUUCUCAUUCGAGAGUUUCAAUCGCCUGAUGAGGAAAUGAAGAAAAUCGUACUGAAGGUCGUGAAACAAUGUUGCGGAACUGAUGGUGUCGAAGCUCAAUAUAUAAAGGACGAAAUAUUGCCUCACUUUUUCAAACACUUCUGGAACCAUCGUAUGGCUCUGGAUCGUCGAAAUUAUCGUCAACUUGUCGACACGACUGUGGAAAUUGCUAACAAAGUUGGAGCUUCGGAAAUCAUAAAUCGCGUUGUGGAUGAUCUCAAAGAUGAAAAUGAACAAUACAGGAAAAUGGUUAUGGAAACUAUAGAAAAAAUUAUGGGCAAUUUGGGAGCUGCCGACGUCGACUCGAGGCUCGAAGAACAGCUUAUCGACGGAAUUCUUUACGCGUUCCAAGAACAAACGACCGAGGACGUUGUAAUGCUCAACGGAUUCGGAACCAUAGUCAACACUCUAGGCAAAAGAGUCAAAGCAUAUUUGCCUCAAAUUUGCGGAACGAUACUGUGGCGUUUGAACAACAAAUCCGCAAAAGUUCGUCAGCAAGCUGCCGAUCUUAUUUCUCGUAUCGCUGUCGUCAUGAAAACUUGUCAAGAAGAAAAACUGAUGGGCCACUUGGGAGUCGUUCUAUACGAAUAUUUGGGCGAAGAAUAUCCCGAAGUUUUGGGUAGUAUUCUGGGAGCUUUGAAAGCUAUUGUCAAUGUAAUUGGAAUGACGAAAAUGACACCGCCGAUCAAGGAUUUGUUACCCAGGCUUACACCAAUUUUGAAAAACAGACACGAAAAGGUACAAGAAAAUUGUAUAGAUCUUGUCGGUCGGAUUGCUGACCGAGGACCCGAAUACGUUUCAGCCAGAGAAUGGAUGAGGAUUUGCUUCGAGUUAUUGGAACUUCUGAAGGCACACAAAAAAGCAAUUAGAAGAGCGACCGUAAAUACUUUUGGUUACAUAGCGAAGGCCAUUGGUCCACACGACGUUUUGGCGACGCUUCUGAACAAUCUGAAAGUUCAAGAACGACAGAAUCGAGUAUGUACGACGGUGGCGAUUGCGAUUGUGGCGGAAACUUGUAGUCCGUUUACUGUUUUGCCAGCAUUGAUGAACGAAUACAGAGUUCCGGAAUUGAACGUGCAGAACGGAGUUUUGAAGUCACUCUCGUUUCUCUUUGAGUACAUUGGUGAAAUGGGCAAAGAUUAUAUUUAUGCCGUUUGUCCAUUGUUGGAGGACGCUCUUAUGGAUCGUGAUCUUGUGCAUCGUCAGACAGCUUGCGCAGCUAUAAAACAUAUGGCGCUUGGCGUUUAUGGUUUUGGUUGCGAAGAUGCUCUCAUCCAUUUGUUAAAUCACGUUUGGCCGAACGUUUUCGAAACAUCGCCUCAUCUUGUUCAAGCUUUUAUGGAUGCCGUUGAUGGUCUCAGGGUUGCUCUUGGACCGAUUAAAAUUUUGCAGUACACUCUACAGGGGCUCUUUCAUCCUGCGAGAAAAGUACGUGACGUUUACUGGAAAAUCUACAAUUCGCUCUACAUAGGCGGACAAGAUGCAUUAGUAGCCGGCUAUCCACGAAUAAUGAAUGAUCCAAAAAAUCAGUACAUUAGGUACGAGCUUGAUUACGUUUUAUAAGAGAAAAAAUGGAAUAUGAAAAGGCAAGAAAAAAAUAUAAAACAGAAGUAAAGAUAAAAUAAAACGGACGAGAUGUUUUUAAGAGAAGUGAGAGGAAUGUAAAAUAGUGUACGAGUUAAUAAAAUUUGAGGGGGGCUGCGGUUCACGCGCGGCGACAAUAACGACCAUUGGAAAGAUUCAUAAAUCCCCCCGGUUUAGUUUCGAGUUUUUCGGAGGCUCGAAAAUUUCGUGAAAUUUCAUGCUCUUCUAUUAAUCGAUAAUUUACCAAAAAGGAGAGAGGGAGAAAGAGAAAAUGGAAACACUUGGAGGAAAUUAACAGGAGACCAUUAUUUAUAUGUUUUUCACAUUUCGACAGGGCAUUCCUCCGAUUAAUAAUGGCUCGUUACAUUGAAAUAAAUCUAUUUCAUUAAUAUGUAUAGAUUUCACGACCACUGUUUAUCAGUUUACUAGCAACAAAUGCAUAAAAUGUUUUACACUGUAACCUUUGAAUCCACGAAAGUCAUCUUAAUGGAAAUAAAAUAAGAGUGAUUAAUUAUGAGUUACAAAUUCGACCAGUGUAUGCAACGCCUAUAAAUGAAAAUAAUCGGA